AAAGAAUAUUACGUUUUACAACGAAUGUGCUUACUGCGAUUUGACAUUAAUAAUUUUGCUGCUAACUGAUGUACACCAGUUUGAACGAUUUUAGGAUGAAGGCAUUUGCAACUUUACGUGCGUGAAAAUGAAACCAAAAAAGCCGUGCAGCGACAGAAUAGGAACCUGCCCAAAGAACGAAUGUGUUGGGAUACGAAACCAACAUUGCAAUUACGAAUGCAACGGGAAUGUGUGCGGAUCAGAAUGCCUGUCUAAAAAUGAAAGAUGUCGACUUAAAUGUACCGGUAUAUAUUGCGAAGUUGGGUGUAAUGCACCGGGGUGUAAAGCCGAGUGCAAGGGGGAGAAAUGUGUUGCUCUAUGUACAGGAAAAAAUUGUACAGCCACGUGUGAAGGACAGGAUUGUGUAUAUUCGGCAAACGUGGCAGGAAGCAAAACUCGCCAAGACGCAUUGGCCAGCGUGGCGUUUUAA